UCAUAGAAAAUACUGAAUGACAAGACCACCCCUUAUCCUAGCAGACGAUGGUGGUAGUGGUGGUGGUGAAUAGCACCAGCAAUAAAGCACACUCGUAGUGAUGAAGUGGUGCAGCCCGUCAGGUGAAGUGCCAGACACUUCCUCCCCUUCACUUUUCAGGAGCAGCAACAUUAUAACAUUCGUUUAUGCCUAGGGCGGACCCCGGGGAGGGGGAGGGAGGGAGUGUUGCCCUCAGUAAACACCGAGGCCACGGAGGGGCGAGGCGCACGGGCCUCUUCCGUGUUUUGUGCUCCUUACCUUUAUUAUUUGUACACAUAGCGGCUCUGCAAUGACCAAAUGGGCGGGAAGGAAAGCAAGCCGAUUUCCCUCUCCUAUGAGGAGGCGAUGAAAAGAGUUAGUGAUGGGGAAUUCACCAGAUUAAAAGAUGCAUACAAGAGGACAGCAACACUCAAUGGAGCCAUCACCAAACAGGCCUUCAUCAGGGAGGUCCUGGGUGAUGGUGUACCACUACAGUUGGCCGAGCUAAUAUUUUUGGCCUGUGGAGGGACAGCAAAGGGAAUACCAUUUAAAGACCUGUUAUGCAGUUUGGUGCUUCUAACUCGUGGCAACAAGGAAGAGAAAAUAAAAUUUAUAUUUGGACUCUAUGCCAAUGAAUCUGGUACACACAUUGUCCGGAGUGACAUGCUCCGCCAGCUUCAGGCAACUGAGGGUGGCUAUACACCUGAAAUUCUCCAUAAGUGCUUUGGUCAAUCUGAACGAAUAUCGUACGAGGAGUUCAAGGAAUGGCUGUUCUCCCACCCUGAUGCCACCACUGUCACCCGUUGGCUGCUGGCUGAGCCAUGCCAUGUCUCCCUUUCCAAUGACCUGGAGACUCCUACCUUCUACCAAACUUUAGCUGGAGUUACACAUUUGGAAGAGAAGGACAUCUUGGAAUUGGAGAAAAGGUAUUGGAUCUUGAAGGGUUCAUCCCCUUCUGGAAAAUUAGAUCCAGAUACCCUUGUUCCCAUGAUCUCUCCACCACUUCCUCCAAUGUUGGCAAAAGGUGUUUUCAAUGCCUUUGAUGAAAACAGAGAUAAUCACAUUGACUUCAAGGAAAUGGCAUGUGGGAUAUCAGCUGCCUGUCGAGGUCCCCAGACUGAGAGGCAAAAGUUCUGCUUCAAAAUUUUUGACCGUGACAGAGAUGGUCGGCUGUCCCAUGAUGAACUGACGGCCAUGAUUCAGGCUCUCCUGCUACUACGAGAUGAAGAGCAGGAGAAAGGAAGUGCAGAUGAUGUGUGUGUAGGUGUGUCCCCUGAACAUGUGCAAAAGCAGGUGAAGGACUUGCUGAGUCACCAUGACCCAACAAAUUCAGGAUCCAUUACUCAGGAGGAAUACUUAAUGUGGACACUUCACAAUCCUCUCUCAACUGCCUUGCUUGAUAUAAUCUUCCAGGUUUGCCACAUUGUGCUAGGGCUGAAGCCAAGCAGUCGAGCUGAGGAAGGAGAAAUAGUGCUGGGAUGGCUGCGGAGAGCUGAGGCCAAGUCCCUCACCAUAGGCCAGUUUUGGUAUAUCAUCAACAUGGAAUGGUGGGGUCUGUGGCAUGACUAUGUCAGUCAUCAGUCACCAGGUUCUGAGAGCAGUUCCUUGAGCCCAUCAUCACACAGCAGUUCACCUGCCAACUCACAGUGUGGCUCAUUGAAACGUACAAAAUUACAGAAAAAGUCUGCUAAUUCAGAGGGAACUGUUGCUUCUGAUGUUAACAGCACUGUAUUUGUAACCAGUAUAGCCAGCCUAGGUGGUGCUGACUCAUUGUCACUGUCAAGCUUAGAGAAUGAUGCACCUGGACGAUGUGAUCAGUCUGGACCUCGACAGAUGACACACCCCCGGCAUGGCCCUGUCUCCUCUAGUCCUCGUAAAAAUUUCAGUUCAAGCAGUUUGUCUGUAUUUAAUUAUGAGGCAAACAGGUGUAGCAGCGCAUCUAGCCCUAGUCACUCUCCUCGCCUCACUCGCCGUGUAGCUACUAGUCCUGGAGCCCUGCAGGUGCCCUCUAGGCCUCCUGCUAUUGAUAACUCACCAUUGGUUGAGAUAAACACAGCUAAGGUCACACUCCUUACUGGUGAAGGUGGAAGGCUAAAACGGAAUGUCCCUCUUGUACAAGGCCGGGACUUUGUAUUGGUUCCUGACUCCUUGUGGAAGGCCCUUCAACAGUGGUAUGGAGGAGCACCUGCCCUUCCUCGACAGGUCAUUCAUGGUCGAUGCAGUGGUGAGGUGGAGCUGGAGCUAUACCCCUUGACGCUGCGACUCUUUCGUCAUGUGCAGCAACAGACCAGGUCUCCCAACAACUCAUGGGUUGGUGUUGUUGGAGGGUAUGGAGCUGCUGCCUUAAAUUCAGCACCUUAUUAUGUAACAUCCCUUCCAAACUCAUCAACAUCCUCUCCAAAGAGAUACCUAGCCUACCUUGCUGCAUUUAGUCGACUGGCAACCUUGCGGCAGGUGUAUGAUUACCUGGCUACCAAAUUACGUUUAAGAGUUGAAGAUAUGAGACUGUGGUAUGUGCGAGAUGAGCCUGCUGGCAUGAUCUUACUGGAAGAGGAUGAUGCCACACUGGAGGAGGUAGGUGUGGCAGACCUUGCCCAGGUGCUGAUUGAGGUGCGGAACAAGGACCUCACUUGGCCUGAGGAGAUGAGCCAGAUCACCUCCACCAGGGUAAUGCACACCCAGUCCAGCCAAGGUAUAAAAGAGAAAGGCGUCACUGGAUUAAAUAACCUUGGGAACACUUGCUUUCUCAAUGCUGCCCUUCAGUGCUGCUCAAACACCUGUCCCCUCACAACAUACUUCAUCAAGAACAUGCACCUUUAUGAGCUUAACCCAGAUAAUCCAUGUGGAAUGAAAGGCCACAUGGCAAGGCAGUAUGGAAACCUGAUGCAAGAGCUGUGGGCAGGAGGAGCAAGAACUGUGGCUCCUCUAAAACUCAGGUGGACGAUAGGAAAGUACAGUGGCAACUUCACAGGGUUUCAGCAGCAUGAUUCCCAGGAGUUGCUAGCGUUUCUUCUUGAUGGCCUCCACGAAGACCUUAACAGGGUUCACAAUAAACCAUAUAUUGAACUCAAGGACUCAGAGGGACGACCUGACACUCUUGUGGCUCAGGAGGCAUGGGAAAAUCAUAUCCUCCGCAACAAGUCUAUAAUAGUUGAUCUCUUUCAUGGACAACUCAAAAGUAAGGUCACCUGUAGAGUGUGUGGCAACGAGAGUGCAAGAUUUGAUCCAUUCACCUACUUAACUUUGCAGCUGCCAAUGGAAAGCUUUGUUCAUUUUGAAGUUAUUGUGGUGCGUCUGGAUGGUAGUGUUCCUAUCAAGUAUGGGCUGCGUCUCAACAGUGACAGUCGGUAUUACGAUGUAAAGCAGCACCUCCAUGUCCUAACCAGUAUCCCCCCACACCAAAUAAUGCUCAGCGAUGUAUCCAAUGCUCAGAUUAAGUAUAUUCCUAUGGAUGAAGGACGAGUGAGGGCUCUCUCUGGAAAUGUGUUGUUUGCCUAUGAGUUGCCUUCACCAACUUCAAGUCACUCAAGUGAACUUCGUUCAGCUACCCGCAGUGCCAAAGACCGUCAUGUCUUCACUCACAUCCAGCGGUCAACUCACCACAGUUCCCCUUGUCUUAGAGAAGCUAUCAACAGUCCAACGGCAAGUCAUGGUACAAUAGAGAGUGUGAUAUCCAGUCCAAAUACACUUGAGUAUACUUCCAGUGGGUCCAGCCUGCACUCUAGUCAGCCUUCAUCAAACGCUGAUCAGAACAGCUGUAAGAUUCUUGACCAUAAAGACAGCAACAGCAGCCUGGUGUCCUCUACUUCCUCAGAGCUGGCAGCAUCCUCUCUCUCAUCUUCUAUCCAGCAUGACAAUGACCUCUACAAUGCUCAAAAAGGAUUCAUCAUUGCUUUCCACAGAAAGAUGAUGCGUCAAGAAGUUUACUUCCUUUCAAGCCAAAAGACUAAACCAAGUUUAUUUGGACUUCCUCUUGUUAUACCAUGUAACACAGUCACUACUCAGCAGGAUUUGUAUCAAGCUGUCUGGACGCAGGUGUCAAGGCUUGUUUCACCCCUACCUCCAACUGAGGCUCCAGGACCCAACCAUGCUCAUGACUGUGAUGACAGCCUUGGAUAUGAAUUCCCAUUUGUCCUUCGUGUUGUUGAACGGGAAGGACUCCAGUGUGCUUGGUGUCCUUGGUACAAGUUCUGCCGAGGUUGCCAGUUACCCUGUGAAGACAAGAUGUUCCCUCAGAAUGCUGCUUUUUUGGCAAUUGACUGGGAUCCUACCGCUCUUCAUUUGAGAUACCAGUCUGGUUUGGAACGAGUAUUCCUGGAGCACAGUAGUGUUGAAGAAAUGCGACGCAAACAUGUGGAGCCCAUCGCUCUGUCAGACUGCUUGGAAGCUUUCUGCUCCGAAGAAGUUCUUGACUACUCUUGUGAUAAGUGCCAGAAAGUUCAACAGGCAGCAAAAAAAUUGCAGAUUUGGAGGUUACCACCUGUAUUGAUUGUACACCUCAAGAGAUUCCAGUUUGUGGGCAACAAGUGGAUUAAAAGUCAAAAGAUAGUUAAUUUUCCCUUGAAAGACUUUGACCCAACAGAGUAUUUGGCUUCAGUCCCUCGGCAAACCAUUUACAUGCACCGAGCAGAGCUUGAGGGUGUUGAUCCAGCUGUGUACUUGGCAAAUCUUCCAGACAAAGACAAUGUACUUCUUGACAUUGUACCAGAAAAUAAAAUAAUCGAACACAUCAAGGGUAGUUUUGAUGAUGACUCAAGUGGAAGAAGUGGAAAGCCAUCAUUGAAUGGAUCAGUCAAUGGCAGCAUUUUGAGCAGUGGAACCAGCCUGUGUCCAAGUACGACACAUGAGGGUUCUCUGGGAAGCAGUGAUUUUGGGAGUAAAAGACGCAUCAGAAAUGGGUCUGUGUUAUAUGGGGACACCCUCCAGGAUUUCCAUCAGCACCGGCUUGAAGAGGGAUAUGAUCCACUGGACCUCAAGUACAGCCUUUAUGCUAUUGCUUGUCACACAGGAAUUAUGGAAGGUGGUCACUAUGUGUGUUACGCCAAGAAUCCUCAGGGGAAGUGGAUAUGCUUCAAUGAUAGCAGCUGCAAGGAGGUGAAUGAGUCACAAAUCGAUCUCAAUUCUGCAUAUAUGUUGUUCUACCAGCGUGAAGGACUUUCAGUUGAGAAGUACAUGCCAAAUGUAGAUGGUAAAGUGCCAUUCCCCAAGGAAUUGGAUGAGGAGAGUGAGGCUGAGUAUAAAAAACAAUGCACUGUUAUGUAACAUUGUUAAACUCAUUCCUUGGAUUUAUGUAACUAAGAAUAUAAUAUUUACACAUUCAUACUUGCUAUAAUAUUCUACUUAAUAUGCAUGUAAACACUCACAAAGUGUAGCAUGAGUCUUUGGACAAAUUUUCUUGUACAUGUGAUUUUUUAUUUUUUUAUUUAUGAUUUUUUUUUUUUUUUUUUUAUUUAAUUUUUUUUUUACCUAGAAAUUAUGUGCUGUGUAUAGUGAAAUCCUCAUCUGCUGUCAGGCCUCUAGCACCUUCCUCUUUCUUUCGUAUGGUGACAAGUGAGCCUAGUGGGGGCACUGAUCUAGGCAAACCAUGGAACCAAGGAUUAAGAGGAAAUGCAGUGAAAAAUACCAGUGGGUUUGUUAUAAGUAAUUCAAACUGAUUAUACCAAAGAUUUAAUUCUGAUUAUCUCCUUGCUUUUUACUUUUGAAGUAGUCUUAGCAGGCUUUUUCUUCCAUAUUUUAUUUAUUUUUAAGGAGAUACAGCUCCAUCUUCCAUAAUACAUGGAAGGUAGAUAUAUAAGUAAAAAGACAAAAAGAAAAGUAACUAACCCUCAGUGAAUUAUUCUACCUGUGAACAAGGUUCUUGUACAUUUUAUAUUUACUGUAAACAUUCCUAUAUAUUGUACAGGUGUUUUUGUAAGAAAAAAUUACUACAUAUACACAUUUAUUCAUAUUAGCUAUAUCCUGAGUUCUGAUUGUGUAAUUGCCUAAGCUAAAAGCAAUCAUAACUAAUUGCAUAACAGCAGUGCCUCAGGUUUAGGGAAAGUUACUAGUCAACUGACAUGAAUAGCAGAAUUCUGUCCUGUUUAUUGUGGAGUAGAACAAUGCCUUAGGAAUUUUCUUACAAGUAAUACUUUUCCUGUUUAAGCAGUACAUACCCAUCAUCAAGGUAUAGCGUAAUUGGUUGCAAAGGCUUGUUUAUGACACUAUAUUGAGUCUUCUGCUGCACCACAUUGUACAGUAUAUUAUUAGGAAAUGCUUGAGACACACAGAGACCAGUGUAAGUCAUAGCUUCAGUUAAUCAUUUUUAUAAAUGGUAAUUAUUUGCAUAUAGGAAAUAUCAUAAGAAUGGGUUGCUUCAUAAAUUGUUGGAAGUGCCUGUGGCUCAUGUGGUGAGCACAAUAUUAAACAUUAUUGUAAGGAGGCAUCUUAUUCAUCAAAUAAAAUGGUAUUGAAAAUAUGUAGUGAUCAUGUGAUUAUUUUUGCAGUGAAUUCACUAUAGUACAUUCUCCUCCUGCUUAGAUUUUUAUGCUUCAGUGUUUUUACUGAAAAGAAAAACACACACACACACACAAAAAAAAAAGAUACAACUGUAUUUGAAGCAUUUGGUUGCCUUCACUGGUUUUGCCAUACACAGUAAAAUGGACGAUGAAUUUAUCAGGUAUUGAAUUACAUGAGACCAUUUGUAAAUAAUAUGCAUCAUCAUUAUAGAGUGCACUCAUCAUGGUUAGUAUAACAUUAAAACAAUUCUCUUGAAUGAUAUUUUGAAGUAAUAUAACCUCCAGCUGUGGCUACCUUUGUGUACUGCUUUGUUUUACUUAUUUUCUCUUAGGUCUAUUUUAUCAGGCAAUACAUAUCUUUUUUCCUCAUAUAUUUGUUUAUGAUAUAUAUAUAUAUAUAUAUAUAUAUAUAUAUAUAUAUAUAUAUAUAUAUAUAUAUAUAUAUAUAUAUAUAUAUAUAUAAUUUUUUGUUAUUGUUAUUAUAAUGAUUAUUUUAUAUCAUCAUUAUUGUUGUAGUUGUUUUUGUCACUUGGAAACUUUAAUAUAUAGAAGGAUUUUUGUCACAAAUAAAAAAAAAACAUUAUACAGGAGUGAUAACAGGAAAUAUACUUGAGCAUUGUUGACUACCAAAAAACAUAUUAAGCAAUAUACACGUUUUUGUGAAAGUAGGGACUAAAAGGAAAGUAAAAUGUUAUUGUAUAGUCCUCUGUCUUAUACAAGUGUUUACAACCAUUGAAGGUAUUACUGCAAUAGCUGAAGGCAAGUGAUAAAAGUGAUAAUAGGUACUACUGAUAUGUGGUACUACAUAUGACUCAAAGGAAAUAAAUUAUACCCAUAAGUAUA